AUGGCUGAAGCCAGAGCGGCUGUUACGAGGCCCGACGUUCGUCUUCAUGCGGAAGGGACAAGCACAACUGAAGCCGAAGUUGAAUUACUCAAAAGCACCUUCAAAAAUCUCAAGAAAUGUGCUUUCCGAACUCGGUAAGUGAGCGUAAGUUUUCAGAUCUGGCACUUAGAAUGAAACGCCUCUGACACAACCUUGUGCGUACGAGGAGAGCAAUAUUUUUCGGUCUUUAUAGCUUUUUUCAUUCGCUGAAAAAUGUUGUCAAUUUCCGUGAACAGCGCUUAACACUUUAAGUGAAGGCACGACAAGCUUAAAGUUGUUAGAGUUGACGUUAACGAUUCGAAAUCCGGCUCUUUGCCUUUUAUCCUCGUCGCUUUAAACCUCUUUAGAAUAUGAAAGAAGAUCCCUUUAAAAGUAUUUGCAGUCGGAAAGUUGAUGAGGUAAUUUCUUUGAAGUUAACAAAGUAAAAUUGAACAUAAACUUCCUUUUAAAUAAUGAAAGGUAUGCUUAUGACGGCGUUGACGAACAAACUUUGAUUUUUUUAAUUUCUUUCCUUCCCUCCUUUUCUUUUCUGAAAAUUAUGUAGUAUCGGUUAAGUUAAUAGCAAUUGUCUAACGGUUUUUCUCGGCGAAGUUUUUUCCAUUUGCUUCUUUUCUAUCUUCAUUUGUCAUGAUGGUUCUUUUCUGAACUGAACUUUGUACCUUCAAUAUAAAUUUCUCAUGUACACAGCGAAGGCGUGAGGGCGGCGGGUUGGGGGAGGUGGCCCAAACCUCGUGGAAAAGGAAAAGCAACAUAAAAACUGCUUGCUUAAAAUAUUGAAGUGGUCUGUUUGCUUUUACAUCGAGCAAUUUUCCAGUAAUUAGUUAAUAAAGCUAUUAUACAUGGAGAAAUUAGUGAUAUUGAUAUUUCUUGCAUCACUGAUGGUAAAUAAGGGUAUCAGGGGUGCUGCCCCCAUUUUGUCCUGAAUUUUUUUUUUCUGUUGUAAACGUGUGUCAGGUGGUACCUCGAGCUUUGUUACUUAACUAUAAUAUUUUCUUUAAUAAACAUUGUAAUUAGAAAAUUUAUUGAAUGUUGUUUUUGCCAGGAGGUUGUGCUCUCACCACAAUCUCUUCGGCCCCUGCUAACAUCAUAAAGUGUUAAUUACUUCUUUGACCACAACCACACCGGUGGUUUAUUAAAUAUUUCAGCAUUACAUGUUCAAUAUGGAAUCCAGGUAUUUACUAAAUUUAAGUGUCCAGAAUGCACUAGAUUGCAUCUCAGAGAACUUCAAUCUCAAAAAUUUUCCCAGAGGAGCAUGCACCCGAAACUCCCUAGAAAAGUGUGCUGUUUGCAGUCCUGAUGGGCGCUAUUGCGCCCAUAUUGCCACUGUAUACUAUAUCUCUAGGCCCAUUCUAUCACAGAAUCCUCUGUCCGCCCCUGGUAAAGUGGUGUUUUCUCUGCUCCCUAUUUAUUUAUUUAUUUAUUCAUUUGUUCACACAAGUUAUUGUGAAGUUCUCCUUCAGGACAUAAUAUACAAUAUGUACUUGAAUUUAAAAAGUAUGUACACUGUAUCUUUUUCAAAUUUUAGGUGAAACACGUUCUUAAUUUCUUGUGAUUUUGUUAAGAUAAUAGUAUUAGUAAUAGAAGUAGUAAUAGAAGUAGUAGUAGUAGUAGUAGUAGUAGUAGUAGUAGUAGUAGUAGUAGUAGCUGUGUAGGUGUAGUUACAGACAUAGUAGUAGUAAUAAUAACAUCAACAACAACAACAGUAAAUCUUUUUCUUGUUCUCUUCCAUUUUCUAGUCAACAGAUUGCUAAUGGCUUGUGGCCAACAACCUGGUCAAACUUGUUAGGUGUUGUAGUGGUUAUUGGUGCCAUGAUUUAUGCAACAGAUAACUAUAAACUGUCUUCUCUCCAACCAUUUGCAACAGUCUUGUGGAAACUGACAUAUUUGAUUUAUUUGGAUGAGGCUUACCCUUAUAACUUCAGGCUUGCUUUCAUAUCAACUUUGGCUGGAAUAGUGUUCUUCAUUGUACUUCUUUAUUUGCGGCAAUAUACACUAAGGAUGCUCUUAGCUUACAGAGGAUGGAUGUGUAAGUUAAAGCCUUCUUUGCAGUAUUUUCAGUUAAUUUACUUUUAACAGUGAAAGGUUGAAUGUAGCCUCACCACAGACUAAAUUAAACUUGUGGUUGAGUAUGUCUGCAAAACAGUCCCAAAAUCCGUUCCUUGUUGUGGGUUCCCACCUGUUUACCUGGAUUUAAGUACAAGUGUGCUAUGAUUUGCCUGUUAAAAAUGCAUUUGUUAAUUUUCCAAUCAUAUUGAUGAGAAAUUUGAAAUGCAUUUCUGGUAACUCAUUGAGUCCGCAGGGAACCCAGAACAAGGAUAUUGGUGCUGCUAAACAGAUUUUACUAACCAGUUUUAAAUUUUGUCUAGGACACAGGCUAGUUUGAAUUAUUUGUCUUUUAUCUCUUUCUAUUAUCUCUUUCAACCCCACGCUCCCAAUAGUGGCUAACGUACAGGUAAGAAGUUCUCCCACUCCCCCAAAGAAAAAAAAGAUUCCAAUUUCGUUUUUUAAGUUACUAUCAGGAACAGUAUAUAUAAUGCUAGUCGCAAUUUCUCUUCAGGAAGAAAAUGGUAUACAAUGUAACCAUUUCAGAAUCUACUGUUUUUUUUUUGGUCCUUUUCACUUUCCCUUAAUUUUGUGGGAAAUUCACAGAAACAACAUUAUAUACUUUACCUGUUUCAUUUAAGUAAGGGAUAAGUAAAAGUUUGCAGAUUAGGUUACUUUGUUGUGGUGUGGUGUGUUUUUAUGUUGUGAUGAACUUUUCCAGAGGGGUUAGGGGGUCUUUGUGGCAAUUGUGGAAUUUAAGGAGGGGUUGGAGGUCAUCAGUUCCGUAAAAAAAUGAAACAUCAAGGGAGUGGGGGUGGAUCUGGAUAUUUCUAAAACCACACAGUAGAGCACAAUCUUCCAAUUUAUUCAGUUUCAUGCUUGAUUAAUAAGGGUUUACCCUUGGCUAUGAUUUAAAGAAGUAUCUAGAUUUAUUUCAUCAGAGUUUGUGCCUAUUCAGUGUCAAUUCAGUUUUAAUGAUUGUUGAAUCUUAUUCAAUCUCAAGUUCAAAGUGAUUUAUGUGUAUAAGGACUAUCAUUUAGAGCCAGGGACCCUGGAUUUCCCCCAGUUACUUUAAACAUGAUUCCAGCUACUUUCACAGGAAAAAAGAGGAAACAUAGAACCAAAUAAAUCAGUAGCUGUUUGAUUCCCAGCCUACUCCUUGUAUUUAGCCAACAACUUGAAAUCUUAGUGACAGCCUUGAUGAGUAAGGAUUCUAACACAAAGUUGAGCAUUAAAAGAACGAUAUGGCCAAUCUCUUAAUGGCCUAGACAUAUCCAUAGGUGACCUGUAUAGUUAACUGUCUAUCACUAAGUACAUGUAUAGGUUGAGCAUGAUUGUGUGGGUGAACGUAGUCCUGAAUAGGACUGUGGUUGUUGACAAUGAAUGACGUUUUGACAACCUGUUUGGUAGUCAUCUUGAGAGUCAAAGUGAGUUGAAUCACUUCAGUUGAGUUGACUGUUGUAAUAUAUUCACCAAAAGCAUUUUUAUUAGUUUUGUGAUGUUUGUCACAGUUAUGAGAAAAAACAUCUCUCUUUUUACGCGCAUCUAUUAAACACCCCCACUUGGGCUUCUAAAAUUAAAUAGAUGACCUGAGGUCUAUGAGAUCAUUGUGGUAUUGUCAGAAAUAGUGAAGAACAGCUCCCCAAAAAAACUGUCAGCCGUCGGCAGACUGUUGACCGACAGGGCCAAUUAUCGUGGCAAAACUUGAGUCUGCCAUUUUGUUUAGGUUUUUUGAGAUAAUUGAGAGUACAUAUAUGAUGCACUAACACUGGCUUUAUCGAACCGCAAUGCAUUAUAGGGCGAUUUCAUAGUUAAAGUUUAUGAAGAGCAUUAUCAGUCAUUAUUAAAGCGACUAAUUCUAACAGAAUUUACGGUAAGGGUUGAGUGUCAAUAUCAGAACACUUCUUUUUUUUUUUUUUCAGUGUUGGUUUUCUGUUGGACAACUGUUGGUAUACAGUUGGCUGACAGUAUACCAACAGUCAGCCGACAGACUUUUAGGGGAACUCUUCUUCACUUUAUUGUCAGUAUGUUUCAUGUCUAAUUUUUAACUUGAAUUGAAUGUAUUGUGUUACAGACGAGCCCCCACGAUCACAAAGCAAGUUGACAUUGUUGUGGGGAUUGAUGGUGAAGCUUUGCUCUGGUCAACGUCCAAAGCUAUACAGUUAUCAAAACAGUCUUCCAAGAAUGUCUGUUCCAAGUCUGAGUGACACAUGUAAAGAACUGCUACGUUCUGUCAAACCAGUUUUGGAUGAUGAAGAGUAUCAAAAAAUGGAAGCACUUGCUAAGGUCAGGAUGACAAUAGCUUAAUAUUGGCUUCAGUUAUGUCUUUGUUUCACUCUAUUUUUUCUUGUGUAUAUAUUCUGGAGGGCUUUGAGUUCAGUAUUUUUGUAGCUGUCAAAAUAAUAACUGAAUUUUUCUAACUCUCUAGUUUGGUUGUAGAGGGACAAUAAUCCUCCUCAAAUUUACACUGAACAUUACCCUAUUUGAUAGCUGUAAAUCACAAGACUAAAAAGACCUCUUUUCCCACUUGUUUGUGUUAUAGGACUUUGAAAGGAACCUUGGCCCAAAGCUUCAGUUUAUCUUGAAGCUGAAGUCUUGGUGGGCACCAAACUAUCACACAGAUUGGUGGGAAAAAUAUGUGUAUUGCAUGGGUCGGUUACCUCUGCCUAACAACAGUAACUACUACUGUCUUGAUCAAAACUGGCAUCCAACUUUGAAUCAAGCAUCAAGGUACAAAAAAGCAUCUACUGUUUUCUUCUUUUUCCUGGUGAUCAGCUUAUGUGUUUCUGUAGCCCAUACUGUACUUCUAUACUAGAUGUUUGUGUUGUCUUUUUCCAGGUUUUCUAAACUUGGCAUGAUCAGAAUGCAAAGAAAGUUAGUUUUACAACUUGUCAUUCUUGCCUAGUAUAAUACUAGUGCAAAAGUCAUUUCAACUACCCUAAAAAAAAAGUUUGAGCAGGAUUGAUUAUGGCUUUUCCUUAAUUUGAAUUCCCCAAAAAACUUCACUUUCAAGGCCAUCCGGCAAGGUAAGAAGAGAAUUCACAAGCUGCUGAAUGUGAUUUAAUAGCCCCAGGCUAUUGGUCACUACUUUCUUUGAAUGCUGAUCAUGAUGACUCUGUCAAUCAUUUGUGUCAGGUUAAAGACAGUUCUAUUUUGAUCAUUAUCCCGCUUUAUAUAAAAAUUAGUAUUUCCCACAAAAUGUUUGUUCAAAUGUCAGUUGGCUGUGAGAUAUAAGAACUUACUAGCACUGUGGCUAGUGGAUGAAAAUUAACAGGGCUUGAAAAAUUGUUGGUCCAGUAAUACAGGACAAUUGUUUUCCUCGCUUAACUUUUCAAGCUUACUUGCCCAAUGAGCAAAGGUCCAGCUAGGCAAGAUCAUUAGUACAAAGUACAAAAUCAUUAGCUAAGAUGAACAAGAUGUGGCCUCAGGCAAUCAGAGUGUGAGAUCAGCUGCUUUCCGAAAGGACAAGGCAGCUUGAAUUUAAGUUAACAAGUCCUGAUUCAGGGAUCCAUAUUCCCAGUCAUCUGGUCGUCCCAGACAACUACAAUCUCAUAUGGACAAUUAAGAUAACUUCAAAAGUUGCCCUUUGGACAAGUGUCAGGUUUUGCUGUUUUGCUUUUGCUACAAAAUCUUUUCAAAAAUUCUUAAUAUGAUUUUAUACAUUUUCCCUGUGCCAGUGUUCUCCUUAUCAGGCGGUAACCGGUAAAAUUUACCGCCUGAAGCAACACUUCUUACCGCCUGCAACUGCUUAAAGGUUUACCAAAAUAAAAUAAUUAAAAAAAAAAAAAUGCGAGUUGUGAUCCGAUCCGAUCCUCACAAGAAAAUGAAUGAAUAUGUGGAAAAGAAUACCUACCUAAGUACAAAACGUACAGCCCAAAGUAAUGCACGUUCAGGAACUUCUUUUUGCGUCCGCAAGCUGGCAACUUCGUGCGGCUUUUUGCAGGGUGCUUGCGCUUGAAUCCAGCAAGACGCAAGAACUUCUUUUGCGGUUGUAAAUUUAACCACAAGAAUUUCUUAAAAUUAUCUUGUGCAAAGGUAACCUUUUAAGCAAGAAAAUGUGUACAAUUUUGAUUUAAAAAAAAGCAGCGCUUCAAAAAAUAAGGAACAAUCGUAGUAUGUUUCACAAAAGAGCCGUGUAAUUUGAGACCGCACCUGCAACUGUGUCAACUUAAAGCGCUCUCGGAAAAAAAAAACAUGCUAAAGUAAAGUAAGGAAUAUUUUCACUAAAGGCUCUUUCAACUUAGCGCAAUAAAGUAAUAAUAAUUCCCAUGUUUUCUUGUGGGCAGAAAUUCAACGCCUUUAGUUUGUUUUGCCGAGAUUAUGGUAUUGUACUAUGAAAUGAUCCAAAUAAUCGAAAUGUUCGAAACUACAGAUCGUUUUGUUAAACAAACGCCUCACACGCUUUAUCUAACUUUGGAAAAGCUAAACGAUUGAAGUGUUCACUUUGCACAAAAAGCAGAGAAAGCUGUUCGCUUUCCCAGGCAACUUUUUACGUGUGUACUUUCAUGAUUACCUUUUGCUGCCACAGAGUGAAUUAGUAUCAACGCUACAAAACGGUGUUGUCACAAAAAGGCAACAAACACUACAAACUUCUUUCAGGUUAACACUUAUAAAGAACUUCAUGCGCCUUCUUGAGGCUUGCGGUAAUUUUCUAGCUUCUUGCGGUGAAGAUUUUUGACUUCUUUCGUUUCAAAGUUCUUGCGGGUAAACCACAAAGGGUCCUCAAAAAUACGGCACUUUCACUUCUUGCGGUGGCUUGCAUGUUCUUGCGCGCGCAUAAUUUUGGUUCUGUACUAGCACUGUAUAUGCAGCUUUCCUUUUUAGGGACAUGCAGUUUGGAGACAUAGUAAAAUUAUUGGAAUCAAACGUUUUAAUUUGUUUCCUAACGAUAACGACAGCAGAUUUGCGUAAAAUAGGUCUUAAAAUAUGGGAAUAAAAAAUUUCCCAGUGAAGGUGGGUCCAUGUCCCUCACUCCACUGUCCCCCCUCCCCCCUCUUAGAAAAGUAUAUAUUUUUUGCCUUACCGUCCAUGAAUGGUCCCUUACCUGCUGAGCUAAAAUUUAGGGAGAACACUGCUGUGCUCUGAUUACUUCCACUUAAAACUUUAGAAUAAGAGAGAGUAACAAGCAUCUUUUUUCUGCAAUGAAAUCGUAAGUUUGGGCAAGAUGAUAUGGCGCAGUAUUUUCUAUGAAACAAUCACGGGCUCAGUUUUUUGUGAAGUACUGCAUUCAGUGGCCAUUCGUAGAAAACAUGACAGCACGCAUCAAGAUGUGGCAUUUUUUGCAAAGCAUUUUAUCGUCUUCAGUAGAAAAAAAAGGUGAAGCAGGAGCCAAUGCCACCAACAACAAUGCAACACUUGUUCACAGCAUUUGAGAUGAAUAUCAACACUAAGUCUAAAUCAUAAUGUGUUGUUUCACACAGAGCUGCAACCAUGUGCUACUUCUUCUUGAAGUAUUAUCAGGAGAUUGAAACAGAGAAGCUGGAGCCACUCUUGAUAAGGAAAACUAUACCUAUCUGCAUGUGGCAGUAUGAAAGGACUUUUAAGACAACCAGGUAAGUUCUCCAAAUUUUGAUCACUGUAACAGCCAUGGUAACAUUAUUUUCAAAUGAAAAAAAUGACACCAACUUGCAAAUGGAAAUAAGUUUCGUCCUUUUUUACUGCCACAGGAUUCCAAAAGAAGAUGCGGAUGAACUUGUCCAUUAUGAGCACACAGAAAAUGAGGUUUGUCUUGGUGCACUGAUUACCCCACAGAACAGUUAAGUCUAGUAGCUAGCAUGUGGUGUCAUUAACAGAGAAAUACCUGGACAAACGACCACUGGUCAGCUACUGACAGCUCUCCUUUAAAAGCCCCUAAAAUAGGAGCAUGCAAAAUUGAUAAAAACUUGUCUUGUUGAGUGAAAAAAUAUUAUUACAGAGAGUGUAAGUUAGUAGUGCCUUAGCUGGCUGAAUGAGGAGAAUGCAAACCUCUGUUGUCAUGUUCAUAAAUUAAAGCUACAAUGUAAGGUUCCCUGCUUCUCUUCUCUAUAUAGCACAUAGCUGUGUUUUGUGGAGGAAGCUUUUAUAUGUUGCCAGUUACUAACAGCAGAGGCAAGUUUAUAUCAGUGUUGGAUCUGGAGGGCCAGUUUGAGUGGAUCGAAGCAGAUGCUAAACAUGGCGAUGGUAAGAAGUCACUUAAUCGUAUUUUUAAGUAAUCAGUAAAUGAGUCUGAAAAGAAGAUUGCGGUCAAUUCUCUCUUGCAGAUCACACAUGUACAUUUUUAAGCAGUGUGCAAUGAAAGUGGUGUGCGAUAGCCUGGGGCUAGUGAAUUUUGCUAUAUGGCUGGUGAAUUCUGUUCUUAACUUGAAGAGUUUUGAAUAAUUCUUCUCAAGGCUUGGCUGUGGCCAACUUGGUAGUGGUAGUGGUGGUGGUAGUGGUAGUGGUAGUGGUAGUUUAUGGAAGGUGGUCGCACGUGUAGGUUUGACUGUAUUAUAAUUCUGAAAUUAAAUUUCAAAAUAAUAAAAUUAAUAAUGUCUGUGUUGUCCUCUUGUGUGAAAUUCUGGCUGCCUACUUCUCUAGUAUUUCUAUUUGUUGUCCAAGUCUCUUGGAAGAAGUUUUGAACUAAUUUUUGUGUGAAUGUUAUAAUAGUGACCUCAGAUCAACCUGAAGGAAGUGUGGCAGCUCUAACGACAUUACCUAGAUCAGAAUGGGCCAAAAUCAGAAAAGAACAUUUCUCAGAUGGUCUAAAUCUGCAGGCUCGUGAGGCCAUAGAGGAAGCAUUGUUUGUGGUAAGUCUUCUAAUUUAAUUUCUAGUGUGAUGUUGUCAAGUGAUUAUCUUAAACUAUUCUUAGGAUAGCCUUGCUGUAACAGUCAGGUAAUGGGAAGUUCAAGGGUUAACCGAAUCAUUUACCUCUUUUCUCUAAAAAGGUGAUUUUGGAAGAGAAGUCAUUCAGUGAGUUAAGUGACCGAGCUAAAUAUCUUCUUCAUGGUGAUGGCCGAAGCUUCUGGUUUGACAAAAGUUUCUGUUUGGUGGUAUUUUCUGAUGGGAAAUGUGGAAUCAAUGCUGAGCACUCGUGGGCUGAUGCUCCUGUUAUCGGUCACAUGGUUGAAUAUGCCUUAACUUAUGAGUAAGUUUUACAGGGAAGAUAAAGAUGUGCUUUUGGUUUAUAAUGAGUAGAGGGUGGAGACCUCUUAUAGUUCAAAGACUUUUGCUCAAUUGCUUUUGCUAAUUGCUUAUUUGUUGACUGUUGCACUGAUUUGUGUGGUUUAUAAGUUCACUAAGAUCACUGUAAGUACAGUGUUGAUGUAGGUCUCUUGUUAGAUUCGUCUAUGAACAAGGAAGAAUUUCAGGAAGGGCAUUUGUGUGAGAGGUUUUGUUUGAAUUCAAGAUGUGAAGGUUAUUUAUUGAUUUUGCAAUGAUUUUUAUUGUUUAGGAGGGCACUUAGUUUACUGUAAGUACUUACAUGUUUUUUUUUGGCAGGGAGGUGGGAGGGCUUUCCAAUUGCAUAGGUAAUAUACUUAUUAAUGUUGACAUUUGAUAUCUUGUCUGGCUCUUUAGGUACGUUUAUAGAACAUAUGAUGACCGGGGUAAAUGUGCCCCUAUUGGUGGGGCUCACAGGAGUGCUACUAUGAGGACCCAUAACCUUCAGAAACCAGCAAGGCUGUACUGGGAUAUAAGUCCUAAACUAGCAGGGAUUAUUGAAAAUGCUGUCAGGGUUGCACAAAAGGUAAACAUUUUGCCAAACCCCUGUGAAGUUCAAACUAUCUUCAGAAAAAAAGAACUUUUCCAAGACUGUGCUCUAAGGUAACAUCUCUUCUUGCCAACAAAAAAUGCAGUCCAGUACAUUAUGAACAUCAGUGGCCCGGGCACGGCACAAGUCAUUCGCACACGUUGAAAAUGUUACCGGAGUGGCUGGCAAGAAGGUUUUGGUGCACUAAAUCCCACUCGAUCCUUACUUAUUCACUCCCACGACAGUCCAUGACCAUAUAGGUGUUCACACUGUACCAAAAUAUGGCAGAAAUAUGCCUUAUUUUCAAGAUCAACACUGGGCAGCUCUGCUCCAUCACAGAAAUUGUGCCAAAAUCACUGUUCUUAUGUGUGAACAGAAGUCCUAUCCGGUACAAUUUUCCUGCCGGCACAAAAGUUAUCCGGUCUAGUGUAGGAUUAGAUAAUUUUCGAUGAACUCUUGAUUUGUCUCUUCCAGAAUAAUGCUGACAUUCAGCAUAAUGUGAUAGUCCAUGAAGCCUUUGGAAAAGGAUUUAUUAAGCAAAUGAAGGUCAGUUUUCUAGUAGGUUGUGUUUCCUCUUGAAAUUUGGGUUGGUUGUAAGAUAUUGAGGUUACAAACAAGUCAAGAUUAAUAAUAACUAUGCGGGGGUUUCAAAAACAAUUGAAGCAGCCAGUAGGUUUAAAAAUAGUGGUAACCAACUGUAUGAACAAGAAGCUGUUAGUCCCCUUUCUCUUAGGGGAGCAGGAGGGGUCUGGGGGCAUACUCCUCCAGAAAAUUUUGAAAUUUCAAAGCCCUACAAUGCGAUUUCCAGUGUUCUGGAGUACUGAAAAGAGUGUGUUUUUCAGUAAGGAAAAUGUUGCUUUCAUUUAAGUUUUACCAGCCAUGAACAAAUUCUGUGUAAACCUAUAAAGAAGCAUGUGAAAAAUUGUGGAUUGAAAUACAGCGUCAUAUUAUAAAACCAGUGGGCCCUUACGAAAAUACAUCAUAAUUGCGUUUCAUUCAGAUUUUAUGACCAUAUAUUUUUUGUUUACAAUAUUAAAAAAACUACUUGCUUCUUCUUUCGUGAAAAGAAGCCAACUUCUCUGAGCACAUUUCCUCGGUCGUCAGUGCUAAUUGAAACCCCUGACUAUGCCAAUGUUUCAAACAGUUCCUUUCAUAGUACAUUUUUAUGGCUUUCAGUUCUCUAUUAUUCUUUAGCAACCAAAAGCAGUUGGUAAAAUAAUGUAUACCUUACGAUUGCAUCCUCAACCUGGAAAUACCAACAACACUAACUAACACUACCCAUUUAUUAAUAACUUUUGUUUACUGUGUUUUAUUUAUAACAGAUAAGCCCUGAUGCAUUUAUCCAGUUGGCCCUACAAGUGGCAUACUACAAAGAUUCUGGUGGAAGACAUGCCCUUACUUACGAGGCCUCUAUGACACGUCUCUACCUCCAAGGAAGGACUGAAACAGUGCGCAGCAACACAAUAGAAGCCAAAGAGUUUGUUUUGGCAUUUGUGGAUCCAGCAGUUCCUGUGGACAAGAAAUAUAAGCUGCUCCUCAAAGCUGCUGAGGUUCAUGCUAAAAAGUACAAGGACUGUAUGAAUGGCAAGGGAAUUGAUAGGCAUCUCUUUGCACUCUAUGUGGUUUGCAAGGGCCAAGGUUAUGUAAGUGUUAUGACUUUGAAGAUUUUUUAUCUUGCAGCUAUGCAUUACCACUACAUCUCUUAAAAUUAAUACAUUUGGCACAAUACAUUGUAUGAUAUUGGAGAUGAAGGGGUAGUGUCUGUGCCAUCACGCCAUUGAACGUUAUACAUUGUAUAAACAAUCAUUUUUCUGUUUCGUGACUAUUUCCGCUUGAGACAUAGGUUAGUCAUUUUAGAGAUAGUAUCUGUCAGGAAUCCUUUAACAGCUAGUGUCUUUAACGGAAAAUGUGGCAUUAUGUUACUGGGGGAGUAAAAAUGAAAAUUGGUUUUAUCAAUAUCCUUUCAUAUAAAAUUGACCGCUGUAGAGAAAUUGAGAAAAGCUGGCAUAAAUGGUCUGACAGAUUCUCUCCAUGACAAAGGGUUAGUGCUUGAAACAGCUUCUCAUCCUGCCUGUGGUAGCCAAUUUGCGUAAUUAGCUCAGUUAAUUACACUUCAAUUGCACAAAUUACAAAUCAAAAUUAAACGAAUAAAUCAACAAACAAUAAUGGCAAGGGAUAAUGUGAAAAAGAGUAGACACCCCAUACAAGAAAGAUCACCAUCUAAAAACAAUGAAUAUCAAAAAGAACUAUGAUAAUUAUAAAGCGCAAGAUAAAAAAAAAUGAAAUACCCACCCUGUAACAGUAAGGUUUUUAGAAAUAAAGUCAAAUAUAUGUUGUAGUUAAUUUUUUAUUUCAGUUAAUUUUUGUUUUUCCAUUGUUUUGGGGUAUGGUAAUGUAUGCUAAUGAAUUUAAAACAAAGGAAAAACAAAAAUUAACUGAAAUUAAAAAUUAACUGCAACAUAUACCAUAAAGUACAAAACUAUUACAAAUAAAACAAGUUCAUCCAACUCCCAACCCCUGCCUGCUUUAAUACUAUCAUUAAAAAAGACUGCCUAACAUGGAGCCAAUUAAACCAAACACAGCAAAAGAGAAAUAAUGCAAAACCUCUAGAUGUGUCAUGACUUCAACAAACAGAUGUAACUUACAAUACAGCAAAAUGUUUUUUUUUUAAAUAAUGUAGUGUCAGAUUGAGAUCUUCAAGUAAGUGGGGGGGCCACUUAUGUAGACCCUAAGAUAUUAAAGGGGGCCUGGCCUUGAAAAGAAUCUCUCUCAGCUCAACAGACUUUAGUUUGGCCAAAAAAGUAAGGUGAGCACCCUGGCCUUCAGGCCCUUCCUAAAAUCUUCCACUGUAUUGUCAUUAAUACAGUCAACUCUCUUUAUAGCGAACAGUCCAGGGACCUCGAGUUAGUGUCUUUAACAGCGAGAGUCUGUAAUGGCAAGAGUUUACCUCAGUCAAACAUGUGAAGUUUAUUUUUUCCUGGGCUGUAUUAUUGGCAUGUCCAUUAUCCACAAGGCAAGAGUUGACUGCACCGGAGUGUAAUUUAUGCUUUUUCAGUAUGCUAUUACUAUUAAAGUACUUGACAAGGAAAGGAAGUGUUCAGUUCCUGUUUUAAAAACAGAAUAUAUCUUUCACCACUUCACCAACUCAGUUAACGAUAUACAUAAAUAAAUAAAAGGGGAAAUUAGCCAUUCAACCAUUUUUGUUUUGCUUUUCAAGGAAAGUGAAUUUCUCAAGAGUGCCUUGAGCUUGCCAUGGACUCUGUCAACAAGUCAACAACCUCAACAGCAAAUGUCUGGGCAGCACUUUAGUGUAAACGAGCCAGAACUUGCACAUUUGGUAAGGUUCUUUUGCUAGUAUUGAAGCACCAAUGAUAGUUAUGUGAAUAUACAGUGAUUAUGUUGUGCUUCAGAGAAUGAUUUCAUUCACCACUUUGGAAAUCAGAAAGAAACUGCCCCAAAUUAACCUUUACAAAUUAAGACUUCUGGGACUGUUACUUGGGUUGGGAAGAAUUGGCCAACAGCUGAUGGGCAUGUCCCCAAGUAAAGAUCCCAUGCAGAAACAAUGAAUUAUUGUGAGACACAUUGAUGAAUUGAAUGUUCACAUACAUACAGGAUUUCAUUCCUAACAACAUUAUAGGGGAGGUGUUUUUAACUAUGGUACUGUUAUUUUGUAAAACGUCAAUCCACCAAAUCUCUCUGACCAAUAUGGAAUAUCUGUCUUACUUCAAGAACCACGUCAAUAUUAUUAUAUUUGGUAGCAAAAUGCUUUGGUUCACAGUUAUAAUAUUUAUAGCAAUUGUAUAUCUUCUGAAAAACUUCCCCCUAAUGCAAGGGCUGAAUAUUAUUUUUUUGGUAAUUCAAAGAACACUUCAAAGAAGAGCAUUGUGACUUGAGAUAUUUGAUUUUAAUUUUUAACAUUUUUCUGGUCUGCACACAGAUUUCGCCUGGUGGUGGGUUUGGACCUGUGGCUGAUGAUGGCUAUGGAAUUUCUUACAUGGUUCCUGAUGACCACAAGGUUUUCUUCCAUAUUUCUUCCAAGAUUUCGUCAGAACAGACAAACUCUGAGAGAUUUGUCCGAUUAUUGUUUGAAAGCAUGGCAGAAGUGAAGGAACUGUUUGAGGCAGUCAAGACUGCAAAGAAUCAAAACUGUAAACCAUAA